AUGAAAUACUUACCUGAAAGAGUUAUUUUGUCUCUGGUUUUGUGUCUUGGAACAAUCAACAUGCUGGCUCAAAGAGUAAAUUUAAGCAUCGCAAUCUUAUGCAUGACAGGUCGCUGCACUAUACGUGAUAACAACAGUACAAGUAAUAAAUAUCCUAUUCGAGUUGUUCAGAAUUCAUCUGGUUGUAGUAUAGAAUCAUUCAAUGAAACAAAGACUGUGAUAGAUGGCCCGUUUGACUGGGAUCGCUCAAAUUGGGGAGUUCUUCUGGGAGUUAUUUUCUGGGGUUAUUUUCUUGGGCAGAUACCUGCAGGCAUCCUUAUUCAAAAGUUCAGCGUUCGCUCAGUCCUACUUACAUCCCUAAUUCUUAUGAGCACAUCAACAAUACUUGUUCCAGUGGUAGCGAUAAGGUCUCUGUAUUUAUUUUGUGCCGUACGAGUACUUACAGGAUUAACAUCCGCAAGUUGGUUUCCUGGAUUCUAUCAACUUUGGGCUGCUUGGGCACCUCCAAAUGAGCGUGGACUCUUAAUUGGAUUUGCUUAUGCAGGACUUCAUGUAGGUAGUGCUAUUACAAUGCCUAUUACUGGUGCUUUGUGUCAGACAUCAUUGGGAUGGUCACUAGUUUUCUACUUCUAUGGUGCAGUCAGCUUUGUUUAUUGUAUGAUAUGGUUCAUGUUUGUAUAUGAUGAACCUAAAUUAAAUCCAAGAAUAUCUAUGAAAGAAAAGACUUAUUUAGAAUCAACCUGCCCAGUUAUAAUGAAAAACAGCCAAGGAAAGAUCCCAAUAAAAUCCAUUUUGACAUCACUCCCUGUUUGGGCAUUCAUUGUUGUAAAUAUUGGCAUAGAUUGGAAUUUAUAUACAUUUCUAACUAGCGUACCAACGUAUAUGCGUGAAGUGUUGCACUUUGAUUUUCAACAAAAUGCUCUGCUGUCUUCCCUACCAUACAUCGGCAUGUGGAUAGGACAACUAAUAUUUGGUUGGAUAUCCGACAUCCUUUUGACUCGGCGAAUUCUAACUUUGAGUGUUGUUCGUAAACUGAUGAACAGCAUAGGUAUGUUUGGACCGGCUCUCCUUAUGAUACUGAUCACAUUGUUUGACUAUCAUAAUAAAUAUGCAGUUGUUAUUCUACUAACAUUUGGACUGUUCCUUAGUUCUGGUGUUUUCUCUGGUGGAAUGCUUAGUCCAAUCGAAAUCACACCAAAAUAUUCUGGUUUACUGUUUUCUGCUUCUAAUUCACUUGGCGCAUUGACAGGAUUUUUGAGUCCAGUCGUAGCAAAUGCUUUGACACCAGAUAAAACUUAUGAGCAAUGGCGUUAUGUGUUUUAUGUAGGUUCUGUAAUAUUUCUUAUUGCUGGAUUCUUCUUUCUCAUAUUUUCAUCAUCUAAUAUACAAUCAUGGGCUAUAGAAGUUAUCGAUUAUGAUGAUGAUGAUGUUGUUGCUGAUAAUCAUCAUUCACUUACCGAUAAAAGUUUCUCUCCUACAAUUUGUCAAAUUAACAAAGAGAAUAUAGAAAAUGAACAUAAAGAAUUUGACCAAAUCCAUUCUAAUGUAGUAUCAAUAACUUGA